AUGCUUCGCGAGUUGGAACUGGACGCCGGCCGACCCGCUGCUCAACCCGUCGAGUUCGACAUGGCUACUCCCCUGAUUGCUGGUUUGUCAGUGGCUGCUGCUGCAUUGGGUGGAAGAUCCAUGAUUAGAGCAUGGCAAGUCUUCCGGACCCGGGCAGCAAUGCCACGAGUGCGCCGGUUCUACCCUGGUGGAUUUCAGGGGGAGAUGAAUCGAAGGGAGGCUGCAUUAAUCCUUGGCGUAAGAGAACGUGCUACAGUGGAUAAGAUCAAGGAGGCUCACAAGAGGGUCAUGGUAGCUAACCACCCUGAUGCUGGUGGCAGCCAUUACGUCGCUUCAAAGAUCAAUGGGGCAAAGGACAUUCUAAUGGGAAAAGGGAAGUCCGGGUCUUCGAUCUUUUAG